CAACAAUUCCGCAUCCUCCAUCUCGCCUGACCCGUCUAUCAUGCCGCACAAACGCGCGAAACGAUCCGUCCGCGAGGCCGAGAAGGCGAAGAAGGGAUACUCCCUUCCGCCGACCAAGGCGGACGACGACAUGCCGCGCGGCGCGAUGCGCAUCCUCAACGCGGGAAAGGUACAGGCGGCGUUCCGUGCUGCUGGCCGCAAAAACUCUGAAGACACUGGCGAGCGCAAGCGUGCGCGCGAUGACGACGGCGCUACGGAGCGCAAGCGCCCCAAGACCGAGGAGGGGCUGCCGAAGAUCGCGCCGCACGAGUCGCUGGGCGAGUACAACCGCCGCAUCGAGGCGCUGCUGCGGCCGGGCGUGAGCGGCGCGAUCAAGAAGGCGGAGGCGGCCCGUGGGGCCGCGAAGAAGGCCGCGGAGGACGAGAAGCGGGCGCGCAUCGCCAAGGCGCAGGGCAAGGUCGCGAACGGGCCGGAGAAGGAGGAGAAGGGGGAGGUCAAGUUCAAUAAGCCGGAGAAGACUUUCGCGGAGAAGGAGCGCAGGAGGCUCAAUGACGUCGCGCAGGCGCCGCCGAGCUUGCCGCGCCUCAGGAUGGCCGAGAAGGCGGAGAAGAAGGGCAAGAAGAGCGAGCGCGAUCCACUGAAUGCUGGGCAGAGGAGGAUUAUGGAGGCGGAGCGCGAACGCGUCGUGGCUUUGUACCGCGAUAUGAAGGCAAAGAAGGAGGCGGAGCGGGCGAAGUAGGCGGUGGCCGCGCGGCAGUCUGCAUAUUGAUCUGUACAUUAGAGAUGCCAGGCAUUUGGCGGAUGGACUGCCGUGAUC